AUGGACCCAAAUCUGCCCUCAUCGAGGCAGCCAUCAAUAGAAACUAUAUUCCUCGAGCACUGCGACACCUUUGAGUCCUUGAACAUGGACAACUUGCUCAUCCCCAAUCCUUGGUCUGUUGAGGAGGAGACCAACACCUCUGCCACUACCUCCACUGCUGCGGACCCCAACCCAACAACCCCUGUGCAUCGCCAGGGCUCCCCUACCCUCUCCAUCCCGGGGCCUCUCCACCGGAAGAUUGUGGACAAGGUGUGGGCAAAGAUCCAAAAGGAGAAACUACCCCUCAUGAUGAACGUGGGAGGAGCGCAGAGAGUUGAUGACUUGGACGCUCUUCCUCCGUCAUUAUCCCCAUAUCCGUGUGAGAUUGCUGCAAUUCCAAUGGAGAGUGUGGCGUGUGGAGACCAUCAAACCCUGCAGGAAAGUGGAGGGAGGAUGGAGAUGUCACAUUUUGCGGUGCAGCAAGUGAAAGGGGAAUCGGUACUGUUUAGCUCGACAUCGGCGGGCGGUCCAACAGCAGGACUUGGGCCAUGCGGUGGAGAGGGGAUGGAAUGGGAGAGAGGUGGAAUGGGGAGGAAAGGGAUGAAUGAGACGAACGAGAAGGAAAUGGAGCGACGAAUGAAGAAAUUGAUGAGAAGUAGGGAAUCUGCCGCUCGUUUUCACGCCAAAAAACAGGCUUACACGAGAGAGCUGGAGGCUAAGGUUAACCAGCUCCGAGAAGAGAAUGCCAGGCUCCAAGAAGAGGAGCAAAAAAACUGGGCGACGAUGAGCCACCUGCUCUAUGAAUCAAUGGAUGCGCAAAAUACUGUCCGCAUUCCCCGUCGCCGCCACAACAGUUGCCCCUGGUGAUGAGAUGCCACCCAUCAUCGCCGGCUCCGGCCCCCCCAUGACUCCAAUUGGUGUCCUAAUUGUGGAGGUGGAAUGAGAAUGGCUGUUGGCUUCUGUUUCUCACAGAUUUCAUGACCUAUGUAUGAUCACUAUAUUAUAGUCAAAUACUUUCUGUAAGCAGUGGGGAUGGAUUUUGUAGAAAUAGAAAUCAAAAUGGAAUAAAAAGUUCUCCCUCUUCAUUGUUCGAUGGUAUA